CGCAACAACCUGGUAAAUCCGCCCCCUCACAUAAUCCAAAAUGGCGGCCACCAUGGGGAGACUUCUCAGGACCUCUGCGAGGGUUGCAGCAGGAGCAUUGAAGGUGUCAGCAGCCGGUCCACACAGAGGAUCCGGGGCUGCAAGAAUCCUCAGCGCUCCCUCCCCCCAGAGAGCCUGUUUCUCUACCAGCACUUCCUGGUGGAGCCCUGCUGUCACUCAGCCCGCACCGGACUUUAAGGGCACAGCUGUCCACAAUGGGGAGUUCAAGGAAAUGAGCCUUGCAGAUUUCAAGGGCAAAUACCUGGUCCUCUUCUUCUAUCCCCUGGAUUUCACCUUUGUGUGUCCAACGGAGAUCAUCUCAUUCAGCGACAAAGCCAGUGAGUUCCACGACAUAAACUGCGAGGUGGUGGGCGUGUCCGUGGACUCUCACUUCACCCACCUGGCAUGGACCAACACACCACGCAAGACUGGAGGCCUGGGAAACAUCCACAUCCCCCUCCUGUCCGACCUCAACAAACAGAUCUCCAGAGACUACGGGGUGCUGCUGGAGGGGGCGGGCAUUGCGCUCAGGGGCCUGUUUGUCAUCGAUCCAAACAGUGUGGUCAGACACAUGAGCGUUAAUGACCUCCCGGUAGGUCGUAGUGUAGAGGAGACGCUUCGGUUGGUCAGGGCAUUCCAGUUUGUGGAGACCCACGGGGAGGUGUGUCCAGCCAGCUGGACCCCCGAGUCCCCAACGAUCAAACCAACGCCACAAGGAUCCAAGGAGUACUUUGAAAAAGUCAACUGAAGAACGUAUGAAUGUAUAUGAACAAUAUUAGUGUAUAGUUUCUACAUUGUAUUUACUCACAUGCAGCUGCAUGCACUAAUAAACCCAUUCUCUGUAAA